AUGGCCGAGACUGAUAAGAAACAGGAACAAGAAAACCGCGCGGACGGCGAAGACAAGCCUAAGCCAUGUUGCGUCUGCAAACCGGAGAAGGAGGAGCGCGACACAUGCAUCUUGUUCAAUGGACAAGACUCUGAGAAGUGUAAAGAGUUUAUCGAGAAGUACAAGGGAUGCAUGAAGGGCUACGGCUUCGAAGUUCCAAGUGCGAACUAG